AUGCCCAGAUUUGUGGGUAUCUCUUGUAGUCUUGAGAACUGCGCGGAUAACAGCGUACUUCGUGGUCUCUGCCUCGUAGAAGUCCUUAUUCGGCCAAUCGAUAUGGUACGAAUUCAGGCUGCACCCUCGCAACCAGGUCGUUAUUACUUGAAUAUAUAUGUCUCAAAUGACUGGCGUAGAGAAGACUGUCGUGAACUUGCCUGUUCAUUUCAGAUUCUUUGCUCCGAGCACAACUAUGCCCGCCUCGUGGUAAUGGGCCGGCUCCCGGAAGUUGGCUUUCUGGGAAGAACGCCUGCUGCCCAACGAUACGGGGUUGUAAUGCUAGCCAGCUCGGAUACGUCUCCACUGUCCCGUUCCAGCCUUCCCGGACUCGGGACUGCCAACACUGACGGCGUCGGUGGUAGUAGCAAUUCUCGAGAGGCAGGCGGUUGGGAAAGCGAGUCAGCUGAAUUUACAGCUGCUACAGCUGCCGCCAGAACAAGCAGUCGUCUGUUGGGGACGCGCAACAAACGAGCCAACGUAUUGCCCACGCCACUUUUUUCCACAACCUCAUCAGGAGUGGCCAGCAUCCGGCCUUAUUUGCUUUUCUCAGGCUCAGGUGGAUCUCGAGUAGCUGGUGGCGGAAAGGGUGGAACUCGCGAGGACGCCAGCCUUAGGAUACCAUUUGCGAUUGCACCCGGCCUUAAGGUACAUUUGCUGUAUAAGGCAUAG